UCGCCCAAUGUCGCAUUGCGAUUGCGAAUAAAAAAAUAUGAGUCAGUCACGUUGUUUACAAACGUUUUUGAAUGUGUUUCAAUUUUUUCAUCAAUUUAACAGUAAAAUACUUGAAGUAGGAAAAAAUAAUGUGCGAUGAACCUGAACCAUCUUCUUCCUGCGUGCGAUCUGCCUGUCCUGUGUGUGACAAGCUGUUUUCUAUGGACGAAAUUGAAAAACAUGUAGACCGUUGUUUGUUCUUGAAUUCUGCGGAGGGAGCCUCCGUAUCGUCGUCAUCUUCGAUCCGGGAAAAUGCCAAUAGUCAGAAUCAGAACCUGGUACGAGAUACGAAACGUAGCUUUAGUAUUUUUGAGAAGUCGCCUUCUGUUCAUUCAUGUAAGCGCGCAAAAGGUGACAGCAAUUCUCAGACCGUAGAAGGAAUGGAGAAACAAAUCAUCGAUUUGUCUGACGACGAUGUUAAUCCAGUAGAGAAAAAUACAGUGGAACUAAAGCAUACAAAUCAAAAUAAGAGUUUAGAUUUCAGUGUUCCACUGGCAGAAAAAAUGAGGCCAAUUGAGUUGUCCGAUUACGUCGGACAAGAGCACAUUAUUGGUAGAAGUACAGUGUUGCGAACACUUUUCGAAAACAACACGAUUCCGAGUAUGAUAUUUUGGGGACCUCCAGGUUGUGGUAAAACCACACUAGCACACAUUAUUGCAAAUCAUUGUAAAAAACAUGACAAUAUGCGAUUUGUUAAAUUGUCAGCUACAAUGAGCGGUGUUAAUGAUGUUAAGGAAGCCGUGAAGGUGGCUAAAAAUGAAAUGAAAUUCAAACGGAAAACAAUACUGUUUAUGGACGAGAUUCACCGCUUCAACAAGUUGCAGCAAGACAUCUUUUUGCCACAUGUGGAAAGUGGUACAAUAACGCUGAUUGGUGCCACUACUGAAAAUCCCUCUUUUAGUCUUAAUUCUGCUUUGUUGAGUCGGUGUCGAGUAAUUGUUCUCGAAAAACUUUCGGUGGAUGCGAUGAUACAAAUUUUGAAGCGAGCCUUACCAGAAUACGAUACUGUCCUUCUUGAAAAUAAUAACGCUAAACCCGAUAUUAGCAAGCUGCAUUUUUUGCCGAAAAUGAUGAUUACUUCAGAAACCAUACGAUGGCUGGCGGAAGUUUGCGAUGGAGAUGCCCGUAUUGGACUAAACAGUCUUCAGCUGGCUCUGAAUACUGUUACAACACAGCACCGACAGGAAGACCAAAGCACUCUCAAACUUAUUUCAUUACACGAAAUCCAGGAGGGUAUUAAGAAAUCCCACCUGCUCUACGACCGCAAAGGAGAUCAACAUUACGAACUGAUAUCUGCUCUGCACAAAUCAAUUCGUGCCUCCGAUGAUAAUGCUGCUUUAUAUUGGUGCACUCGAAUGUUGAUUUCUGGAGAAGAUCCCCGUUACCUUGUUCGCCGAAUGAUCCGAAUGGCUAGUGAAGACAUAGGAAUAGCCGACAACAAUGCUCUCACAGUAGCAACUUCCACAUUAGCGGCGGUCCAAGCCGUAGGCAUGCCUGAGGCAGAUUGUAUUAUAGCACACUGUGCUGUUUAUCUGGCAAGAGCUCCUAAAAGUCGAGAAGUAUACAAUGCAUUCAAUCGUUGCAAAGCAGCGCUGGAGUGUCAAAAAGGACCAAUGCCGAGUGUCCCAUUACAUCUGCGUAAUGCAACCACUAAACUUAUGCGAGAUCUGAGCUACGGCGUAGGAUACAAUCUAAUGCAAAAGGAUCAAUCCGGAUUACAAUACAUGCCGGAAGGAUUGGAGGAUGAAAAUUAUUUCUCUGAGUAAGACGUACGCAUUUUGUUGAAAAUAAAAGUUUCACUUAGUUUGUAUAAA